AUUGUGAGUGUUGGAAAACAUGUUAAAGGCUAUCAUUACAUUCUUGCAAAUCUGGGAUUCAAAGAUAUUUCCCUGGAGAGAUUUAUGCAUGGAGGAGCCAACAUCACAGGGUUUCAGUUAGUGGACUUCAAUACACCUAUGGUUUCUAAACUCACGCAACGGUGGAAGAAACUGGACCAGAGAGAAUACCCAGGAUCAGAAACUCCCCCUAAGUAUACCUCUGCUCUGACUUAUGAUGGAGUACUUGUGAUGGCUGAGACUUUCCGAAAUCUUCGAAAGCAGAAAAUAGAUAUUUCUCGAAGAGGAAAUGCUGGGGAUUGUCUUGCAAAUCCAGCUGCACCAUGGAGCCAAGGAAUUGACAUGGAGAGAACACUAAAACAGGUUCGAAUACAGGGACUGACUGGAAAUGUUCAAUUUGACCACUAUGGUCGCAGAGUCAACUAUUCGAUGGAUGUAUUUGAACUGAAGAGCACUGGUCCUCGAAAGAUUGGAUACUGGAAUGACAUGGAUAAAUUAGUCUUGAUUCAACAUGAGCCUACAAUGGGCAAUGACACAGCUGCCCUUGAGAACAGAACAGUAAUUGUAACUACAAUUAUGGAAGCCCCAUAUGUUAUGUGGAAAAAAAACAGAGAAUUGUUUGAAGGGAAUGAGAAGUAUGAAGGUUACUGUGUAGACCUGGCAUCAGAAAUUGCAAAGCAUAUUGGCAUCAAAUAUAAAAUUGCUAUUGUCCCUGAUGGAAAAUACGGAGCAAGGGAUCCACAGACAAAAAUCUGGAACGGGAUGGUGGGAGAGCUUGUAUAUGGGAAAGCAGAAAUUGCAGUUGCACCUCUGACCAUCACUCUGGUACGUGAGGAGGUUAUCGAUUUUUCUAAGCCCUUUAUGAGUCUUGGCAUAUCCAUUAUGAUCAAAAAGCCUCAGAAAUCUAAACCAGGAGUUUUUUCAUUUCUGGACCCCCUGGCCUAUGAAAUUUGGAUGUGCAUAGUCUUUGCCUACAUUGGAGUCAGUGUUGUCCUAUUCCUGGUGAGCAGGUUUAGUCCAUAUGAAUGGCAUACAGAAGAGCCAGAAGAUGGUAGAGAAGGACCCAGUGAUCAACCUCCUAAUGAAUUUGGCAUCUUCAACAGUCUUUGGUUUUCCCUGGGUGCCUUUAUGCAGCAAGGAUGUGACAUUUCACCCAGGUCCCUCUCAGGUCGCAUAGUUGGAGGUGUGUGGUGGUUCUUCACGCUGAUCAUAAUUUCAUCAUAUACCGCUAACCUUGCUGCUUUCUUGACUGUUGAGCGAAUGGUCUCACCCAUAGAAAGUGCAGAAGACCUCGCAAAACAAACAGAAAUUGCUUAUGGGACUCUGGACUCUGGUUCAACAAAAGAAUUCUUCAGAAGAUCUAAAAUAGCAGUAUAUGAAAAGAUGUGGGCAUACAUGAGCACAACAGACCCAUCCGUCUUCGCUAGGACCACAGCAGAGGGCGUUGCCCGCGUUCGCAAGUCCAAGGGCAAGUUUGCCUUCCUCCUGGAAUCCACCAUGAAUGAAUACAUUGAGCAGCGAAAGCCAUGUGACACCAUGAAAGUGGGAGGAAACCUGGACUCGAAAGGCUACGGAGUAGCCACACCAAAGGGUUCUUCAUUAAGAACUCCUGUAAACCUUGCCGUUUUGAAACUCAGUGAGGCAGGCGUCUUAGACAAGCUGAAAAACAAAUGGUGGUACGAUAAAGGUGAAUGUGGACCGAAGGAUUCUGGAAGUAAGGACAAGACAAGUGCCCUGAGUCUCAGCAACGUUGCUGGCGUCUUCUACAUUCUGGUUGGCGGCCUGGGCUUGGCAAUGCUGGUGGCUUUGAUAGAAUUCUGUUACAAAUCCAGGGCCGAGGCGAAGAGAAUGAAGCUGACCUUUUCUGAAGCCAUACGAAACAAAGCCAGAUUAUCAAUCACAGGAAGCAUGGGAGAAAACGGUCGCGUUCUCACUCCAGAUUGCCCAAAGGCCGUACACGCUGGAACUGCAAUUAGACAAAGUUCAGGAUUGGCGUGUUCGACGGAUUUGCAUCUGUCUAACUACAAGAAACCAACAAAUACGUUUAGAGAACACCAUCAGUCUGCUGUGUAG